GUUCUUCUACAUCUAAGAAGGAAGAAGUCAAGCGCCUUCCUGGCGGAAAGAUAAAAAAGAAAGAUAAGCAAGAGAUUAUUAUUGAAAAGGUCACCAGAAACAGACGAAAGAGUAUCACUACCAUCAAGGGUCUCGAGAUCUUUGGUGUUAAACUAAGUGAUGCUUCAAAAAAGCUUGGUAAAAAGUUUGCUACCGGAGCUUCUGUGGUUAAGGGCCCAACUGAAAAGGAGCAGAUUGAUGUUCAAGGGGACAUAUCCUAUGACAUUGUGGACUUCAUUACAGAAACCUGGCCAGAUAUUCCAGAGUCUGCAAUAUUCUUCAUAGAAGACGGAAAAAAGGUUCCAGCUGCAUAAACUUGGGCGGUGGUGUUUCUGUUUCCAGCAUGGUGUUUAGCGCAAGGGUGGCUCAAGGAUAAAGCUAGUAAAGCGUUCCCUAAAUUUUGAAGCCUCAAAAAGAUUGAUAGUAAAUUUUAUGAUUUCUACUUCUCUUGAAAUAAUAAUGAAGAUCGUGAAAUAGAGUGAAGUUUUAAUUACCCCUGAAUUUGUAAGGUUUUAUUUAGUGUACACUUAAACUAGUGGUUGUCUUGAAAAUCCCCCGGAACUUGUUAUUUUAA